UGACUGCACUUUGAAAUACUCUUUACUUUUAAUAUUAUAAAGCUACUACUUUUAAGUAUCCCCUUUUAUAUAACAUACAACCAAAUCAAGUGUUGUUACACUUUUUUCCAACAUGGGAACACUCUUAAAUUUCACCAAUCUGUGGUUUUCAAAUCCAAAUGUCAUUGUAAUGAAAUACUCUUUUCCUUUAAUAUUAAAAAACCUACUACAAUACAUUAAAGUAUCCCCUUUUAUAUAACAUACAACCAAAUCAAGUGUUGUUACACUUUUUUCCAACAUGGGAACACUUAAAUUUCACCAAUCUGUGCUUGUCAAAUCCAAAUGUCAUUGUAAUUCGGGCCACUUCAGUAUUUGAGUCAAAAAUAUGGGAGCAGAACAAUCGGCAUUGUUGGCCUGCACUCAGACGAGCAUCCACGAGGAUCGCGUGGAAAUGGUUAACUCGAAGUUGUUCUUUCAAUUGUACUUUGAUAGGAUGCCCCAGCCUGUGACGGGUCCCGUGACAGAAGCACUACUCCACUUGGUGAAAAAAGUGAACGCGGCAGGGGCUAUUAAUGCUGAUGAAAACCAAUCGACCAUGGACGAAUGUAAUAGCGGGGAAAGCGACACCAUUUCUGAGCUCAGUGAUCGCAGUGAAGUCUCGACAGCCAGCUCGGAUGUGAAAAUAGAGCCCAUACAGAUAGCCGAAUUUGAGCCGAUAGAGCAAUACAAUAUGUCUAUUGAGGAAACCCAUAACACAUAUACGCUACCAUUGUUCAAAUAAAUAUGUAGAUUAAAAUAACAUAUGAAUUUAUGUACAGAACUAAUUGCAAA